AUGUGGAACGCACAUUCCAGCCGUUGGCAAAGCAAUGACAAGUGGAGCUCUGAUACCUGGGGUCGUGGGUCAGGAAACGAGUCCAGCAGUUGGUGGACGCAAGAUCGAGAGCGUGCUAGCAAUUACGGGUCAGGAAGCGUUCCUGCUCCGAAGCCGACAUAUCCUGCAUCUUUCAGAAGCGAUGAUACGUUCAUUGAUUCGACUGCAGUAGGAGCUGGCAAUCAUCAGUUCUACCGCGUUGUGCAACCGACUGACUGGUCUAGGAAGGCCAAUCUUGCCGGCCGCCCAGUUGAAGGUAUCAGAUUGCACGAGAUGUGUUUCCGUGGCAUGAGUGAGUUCUCCCUUUUGAUGCUUUCGGAAGGACGGUUUCAGUCUGUUGUGUGGACUCGCAGUGCUGCAGAGGGAAUGUUGGCCACGCAGCUCCUGAAGGGCAUCCGCGAAGCAAAGCUUGACAUUGACAGUGCCGCUGUUGAAAGCCUUAAGCAAGCCGGAAGCUCUGUUCCUGACAAACACAAGCAAGCGCCGCAGUUCAUGGCUGCUCUUGUUGAGGCACUUUUGAAAGAGAUACAAAGCAAGAUUCCCAAGCCUGUUGAGUCUACUGCUGAAGAUGAGCUUGCUCGCGCAAAGGCAAAGCUAGCGCAGGCGGGACUGAUGCUUACUCCGCAGAAGAACAAAGUUGAAGAAGACGAAGAUGUUGACCAGUUGCGUUCCGAUGCUGCUGGUUCCAGUCAGCCUCCUGUGGUCGGCAAGAAGACUCAUGCUCAGGAAGUGUCUCGCUUGAAACGCAAGGCCCCUGACGACGUUGCUGCCCGUGAUGAAGCACGUGCCCUUGUCAAAGGCAAGCCCAAGGUGUCCAUGAAGGAGUGUCGUCCUUCCGCAGUCACCAAUGAAAGUGUCGACAAAUGGCUUGCUUCCCUCAAAGCCCAAUACAAAGGCAAGUAUCGUGAGCUCACCAAGCAUGUUUCUCAUGUGGUUGCACUUCUUGCCGAGCAUUCCGAUAAGAACGAGCUGCUUGCUGCUGCGGUCGCAUUUGGUCUUGACCCGAACUUUGCUGCUCGCAUGAAUGUCACCAACCUCAGCAAGUGCAUUGCAGUAGCGAAGUUCCAAGCUGCGUGA